AAACAUGCAUGCUUUUACUUCCUUUACUUCACCACUCCUCCAUGAGCUUUUCGUGGAAUCCCACACAAGAAGGUUACUUUUCCAAGGCCCUAUUGAUCAUCAAUCAUUAACAACCUCCCAUGUUCUCACACACAACACUUCAACAAACUUAUAUUUUGGUCUUAGCGAAACUGAUACAAAUGUUGUAAUGAUACUUGCAGUUCUAUUCUGUGCUCUUAUUUGCUCACUUGUAUUAAACUCCAUCAUAAGGUGUGCUUUAAGGUUUUCAAACAUGGCCAUCAACAAUAACGCUUCUUCGAGUUCGAGCAGCAACUCUUCACCUCAAUCGGUCAACAAAGGAAUCAAAAAGAAGGCUCUCAAAACAUUCCCAACAAUGAGUUAUUCAACUGAACUGAAAUUACCUAGUUUAGAUACGGAGUGUGUCAUAUGUAUCUCAGAGUUUACUAAGGGUGAAAAGGUACGCAUUUUGCCAAAAUGCAACCAUGGUUUUCAUGUUCGUUGCAUUGACAAAUGGUUAAAGGAACACUCAUCAUGUCCCAAGUGCAGACAAUGCCUCCUUGAAAUAUGUCGAAAGGUUGGUGAGUCGCAGGUGCAACCAAUUGUGCUGCCAGUGCCAGAAAUCAUUAUAAGGGUUCAACCACUAGACCAUGAAGCUGUUGAACGUAACUAUAGGGAAGAAAGAAGAUAAAUGCUCAUUGUAGUUUGAAGCCUUUAGUUGCUUUAGGUUGACCCCAAAUGUAAAUAUAAAUGAGUUAAAAUUUGGAGAAAAUUGUUUUCAACAAUACUCUGAAGUAAAUAAUUGUUUGAACAUAUAAUAUAAAUGAUAUUCAAUCGGCUGACCCCCUU